AUGAAAUUCAUAAAAAUAAAAUCUGUCAAAAUCAAAAUUUUCGUGAUUAUAAUAAUAAUUAUUUAUUUUCUUUAUAUUAUUCAUAAAAAAUUAUUUUCAUCUUCUUUAUGUUCUCAUUUAUAUAAUGUUGAUUCAUUUCAAACAUGUGCUUUAUCAAAUAAAAUUUGUAAUAUAACUAUCUUACUUAAUUCUUAUAUUGCUUAUCGAACUUGUAUAAUUGAACAUUCAUUUACUAAUGCAGAUUAUGUUAUAUUUGAUGGUGUGAAUGGUUUAGGUAAUCGUAUCCUUGGUUUAAUAGCUGUUACUACUUAUGCUCUUGUAACUAGUCGAGUUCUUCUAAUUAAUUGGCAACCAGGUGAUAAUCAUCAAGCUUCUUUCAAAGAUCUUUUUUUACCAUUAUCAUUAUCAGAUAAUGUACCUAUUUAUGAUCAAUAUUCAUUGUCUAGAUUAGCUAAUUUAAUUAAAAAUCGAUGGAUAAAUGAAAUUGAAUCUAAAAUGAAAAAUAGUCGAAUACCAAACGAUUGGGCAUUUUAUUUUGAUCGUGAUAUUUUAUGUAAUGAUAAUAUAUAUAAUCAAUCAUUUGGAUUUUAUAUUAUAAAUUUAAUUACUCAUCAUAUUAAAUGGAUUCGAACUGAUCAAUAUUUUGUACCAUUAUUUAAACGAAAUAAAAAUCUACGACAAGCAUUUAUUAGACUUUUUCAAAAUGGACAAGUUUUUUCAGAAUUAGCAACAAAACUUUUACAUCCUGUACCAAAAGUUAAUUCAAUUAUUAAAGAUUUUCAAACAAAAUAUAAUUUAGAGAAUAAAAUUCUUACAAUCGGAGUUCAUAUGCGUAGUUGGUCAACAAAUAUGAUUAAUCAUAUCGAACCAUUUCAAAAAUGUAUUGAACAUGUUAUAAAAAAUAUUAAUAGAUCUAGUAGAAAUGAAACCAAAAUUGGUCUAUAUAUCAUUUCAAAUACUCGAAAACGUCGUCAACAACUAGAAAAUCAUAUUACAAAAAUGUAUAAAAAUUUAGAAAUAUUUAACUCACCAGAACCACCUGAAACUGCUAAUGUAAUCGAACAGAUGCAAUAUACUUUGGCAGAAUUACUUAUACUAUCAAAAAUGCAACAUCUUAUCAUAACAUCAAAAUCAACAUUCGGUAUGAUUGCUCAAGGUUUAGCACGUAAGGGUGCUUGGAUUGUACGACAAGGUGCAUCACAUGAAAUACAAACUAUCAAAUCAGAUCUUUGUGAAUGGGAAUCGACUAGUGAACCAGAAUAUCAAAUGAUGGGAUCACUACAAAUCAAUGAUACAUGUUCUCAAUAUAGUACAUCUUUACCUAGUAUUGGAGAGAGAACUAUUAUUUAA